CCUCGAUGUUUGGGUGGCAGUGUACACGUUUCGGUACUUAGAUGUUAGAAUGAUUUAGUGGUGUGGUAGCAAGAGUAACUGCAACGGUUAACAAGGAACUAUGACCUCUUCUCAGACCGAAAGUGCUAACGAUGUGUCGGACUCGGAUGACGAAUUCCAAGAAGCUACGGAAGAUGCACGCUCGACAAACGGGCGACGAGAUGAGAUUGAUAGGACUAGCGGGCCCAGUGUUUGUUACGGAAUGGAGCAGCCCAGUUUUGAUUUCUCAGACUGGAACCCUGAAGCCCCAGCAGGCCUGCAGUUCCUAUGUCUAAUUCCCCAGCUGUCAGGAUAUGAAGCCAAGUAUGAACAGGGGGAUCUGACAGGCAAAGUAAAGAUUUCCUUAAGACACAGGCAGCAGAGGUUGAGGCAUUUCAAACAGGGCAAAACUGUGGGAAGAGAUAUUGCAGAUGAGAAGAGGUUGAGGCAGGCUGCAAAUAAAAAUGACUACAGUCUAGUAUUAGAAUUAUUGGAAAGUGGAGUUGACCCCUCCAGUUGUGAUGAUAAGAAGCGAACCCCUCUGCAUUUUGCUGCUGCACAGGGCAAUGAACUAAUUGUCAAGUUGUUACUGGAUCAUGGAGCUGACCCAAACCUCACAGAUAUUCUGGGAAAUACGCCGCUACAUCUUGCCGCCUGCACUAUAGCCAGUCACAUUGCAGUGGUAACUUUACUCCUCAAAGCAGGCACAAAUUUGAGAGCAGUGGACAAGUCUGGGAGAACGCCGCUGAGUUUCGCCAAGUCACGUCUGCGUGUCGUCAUGCAGCAAACCUCUUCCACCUCAGAACAGCUCAAGAAAGACAUUCAUCAGGUGAUAGAGAUGAUGAAGGAAUACCUGUCCCUCUCUGGAAUGACUGAAGAUGCUCUACAGUUAGACAGUCUGUGUGAACAGCUGAGUCGAAGUACGACGAUUGAGCAAGUGUACGAGCUGAAUACCUUGCUGUCGGACUUCACCAACAUGACUCUUCACAAGAAAUCACAGCCAUCAUCAUGACGCCAAGAGGAAGCUCUCUGUCGACUGUUUAGCGGAAUAGAGACGCCGGAAACGAAUGCAGCCCAGCGAGAAGCGGUCAUUCGAAAGAUGGGUGAAAUGACAAUAAAUAAUGCUGAAGAGUCAACGAAUACGUGAAAAAUUGUCACGCAGCUAACUGAUAGAGAGGGGGUUUAAUUCUUCGGUGAUCGUUGUGCUAUUUGGUUCUGUAAAGAGGAAUUUUCAAGCCGUCAGAGUUAUGUAUACAUUUACAUAAAAGGACUUUCUAGAAACGAUAUAAUUCUGCUCGAUUUUGUGAGAUGUCAGUAGGCUAUUGGAAACAAUAAUCUACUUCAUUCAUAACCACUACAGCAAAUCUGAACUCAAAGUGAAACUUAAUUCCGCUGUGGCGCGUACAGAGAGGGUCUGCCGUGGAAAAGGGGUCACAUCAUGUACUAAUCCCUUGUCCAUUCAGUCGUUGAAUUGUAGGCAGCAUCUUACAUGGCAAUUUAGCAAAUUCACAUGUAAACAAAUUUGUGGACCUGAGAAUACGUUGGACGCUUGUUUAGCAAGAAUAAAACUGUCUUCCGUGGUAUUUUGCCGCUAACCAGACGAUAUAGGCUACUUGUAGCUCAUGAAAUGGCCUUUAAGAGGAACGGCCAGAUUACCAGAAGGUAUUCAUGUCCAAAUUUCUCAGAUUAUAUCUUUGCACUCACCCGCGUGAGUUUUGUGUAUAUUCGUUAUAAAAAGGAAUUGUUGUAAAUUGUGUUCAUAUCUGUUAUCCAUAGCCAGUCUGCUUGUUAUUGUAUGUUCCAGUUUAAAAAAAAGUACACAUGAAACUAAAAUUAUAUCUUUGUUCGUACUUUCAAAUACAAAUACUGCUCCCGUGUUGCGUUGACCAAAGUUUGUGGCCCAAUUUCGGCCGCCGAAUGGUAUUCUAAUCUAACUGCGCAAAUGUAUGAAAACUGCAUUGGGGGAAAAAUUGAUGUGUUUGUAUCGUCGUCAGGAGAUCAACCACUUAUGCCACGAUAUAUACAGUCCCUCGUUUUAACUUGCGUUAUUUGGAAUGCCCAAACUAAAUAUUUCAACAAACGUCGGGUUGUAUACCCCCCGCCCCACACACACACACACACCUGCCCUUCUCUUAAAAUGAAAGUGUCUGCCACAGAAUUAAUUGGGGACACCAGACAGUGGACAAAAACACGUUUUUGAAUAUCGUACUUUUGAUUUGGCCAAAGAAUCUAUUCAACCCGUACAACACUCUCCCGCUGUACAUAUUGUAAAAACGUAUAAUUAAUUAUAACGGCUUGUAUUUUUUCUUGCUCUUGAAAAGUGAAAUAAAAGGGAAUAAUUACAUGUAA